AUGAUUUCCCGAAGGAGACGCAAGGCACACUUAAGAAAAGCACAGGGCCGGAGCAAAAUCCACAAACAACAUAAAGCUGACAAAGACUUGGACUUUGGCAAAGAACAAGAUAAGAAGAACAAAAGAGAAUUCAAAUUUUUGAUGAUGCGCAAGGAAACAAAAUGUAUGACAUUCGGUAUUUGCUUGGAAGAAACACCUUCUUCUGAUGCGAAGAAUACAACCUACCAGGAUACAGUUGGUGGGUGAGAAGCUCAGCUGUUUCGGCUAACAAUACCAACAUCAACAUUCCAAGCGUCUGUAUUACCUUCAGAUCCCUUUUGGGAUAUUGGACAAUACCCUGUCUGGAAGUUAGCCGAGGGUACUGUCAAUCCGAGAACGACUUGGUAUUGA